GCCCUCAAAGGUCUCGGCAAAUGGCUUUGUCUCUUGGUGAAGAACUGCUGUGUCUAUCAGAAAAUGUCACCCAUGCAUUUCUUCUGGUGACUCCAGAGUGCAUUGCAAUUUUCAGGGACAGAGAUUGCAGGUUUGGAGUUUUUGAUUCCCACUCAAGAAAUUCUGCAGGUCUGCCCCAACCCUAUGGCACUGCAAUAAUGAUGACUUUCAGCAACCGAACUGCCAUGCUGAAAGAUCUGCAACGGCUGUUUCAAAACCGUGGCCCGAAUGCCACCUAUGAGUUUGUACCAGUGGGUUUUGUCAGGAAUAAUCAGGCCUUGACAUUUCAAAAUGUUUCACUUCACCCCACACAUGCAAAUCCAACUGUCAGAAAACCAGAGAAUGCUUUUAAUGAAAACAAAAUGCCACCAUGGUUGAAAGAAAUGGACAACGUUUUUGAGGAAGUUAGUCCAACAGCCAAAGCAAGUUCACCAGUUGGAAAACCAGACAAAGAUUUAGAUGAAGAGGAAAUGUCUCCAUGGUUGAGAGAAAUGACAAAUGUAGAAGAAAUUGCUCCAAAAGUCCCUCAGGUGACAAAAGUUGAAAAAGCCAAGAGAAGAAAAUUUAAGGACAGGCUCAAAUCACAGCAGAAACAAAAUACUACUACAAAAAAUAGACAAAGUGCAUCUGAAAAACAAAGAUACAAUAAAUCCCCUACAUUUAGGAACAAAAAGCUACAGGCUUUAAAAGAAAAAUAUUAUCUUCAACAGUCCCAGAGAAGGGAUCACAUGAGAAACAGAUACAAGGUAGAUGAUGCUUUCAAAACAAGACAAAAAAAGUUCAAAUAUAACUUUUUACUUGACUUCAGAGCCAGGCAUAAAUCAUACAUUGCUAAGUAUAGAAGAACUCGAUACAGAGAUGAUCCAAUCUUCAGAAGCCAGGAAAAAGUAUACAUAAGAACUCGGUACAGAGAUGAUCCAGUCUUCAAAAACCAGCAAAAAGCAUACAUAAGAACUCGGUACAGAGAUGAUCCAGUCUUCAAAAACCAGCAAAAAGCAUACAUAAGGACGUGCCUGCAGCCCCCAGACUUGGCACAAGAAGUGUUAUCUUAUGGAGACGGAAUUUUCAGCAUUGCUCCUGCCCAAGGAAAUAAACCUGUUUCCUUCUUCAGUGUUCCCAGGCUUGAAUCCAUGGCUUACCCAGUCCAAUUCCCCACUGGAAGAAAUACCUUGGAUGAAGUCAGACGAGUCAAGCUGUCUCCAAGUAUGUAUUUCAAUGUACGUCUUUUUUCGGUAGACACUAGGUUUGCGGCAGACCAGAGUUAUCUUUCUUUGCUCAGUUUAUCACUGAGACCCACAUGGCCAACAGCAGCAUGUCUAUUCAAACACGAAAAGGAAAACCGACGACCAAAGAUGGACGGAACAUUUCCAAUAAAAUGCUCCAGGAUAAAGAAGAGGUGGAAACACUGAUCCACAAUAAAGAGGCCACUCGUUUCAUGCAACCGUUACAAGGCACUCCGGCUUAUUGGGAAAAAGGUCUCUGUGAUUUGCACGCCAUGGUUCGGCAGCUUGGAAAACCUACCUUCUUUGUGACCUUCUCCGCUGCUGAAAUGAGAUGGCCACAGUUCAUUGAGGCCAUCAAAGCUCAGCAUGGACAACAGGUAGAGUUUUCAGAACUUGACUGGAAUGCAAAGUGCAAUAUUCUUAGAAGCAAUCCAGUCACUGUCAUGCGUAUGUUUGACAAGA